CGCUGGGGAGCCUCCGGCCCUGCAGUGAGAAGUCUGUGGACUUUCCCUCUCCGCCUUUUGCACUGUGUUCUCUCACUCUGGACCGUGUAACUUCUGCAAUUUCAGCUUUUUUUCAAAAUGUCCACUGUACACGAAAUCCUGUGCAAGCUCAGCUUGGAGGGUGAUCAUUCUACACCCCCAAGUGCCUAUGGGUCAGUCAAACCCUACACCAACUUCGACGCCGAGAGGGAUGCUCUGAACAUUGAGACAGCAAUCAAGACCAAAGGAGUGGAUGAGGUCACCAUCGUCAACAUUCUGACAAACCGCAGCAAUGUGCAGAGGCAAGACAUUCUCUUCGCUUACCAGAGAAGGACCAAAAAGGAGCUCCCGUCAGCGCUGAAGUCAGCCCUCUCCGGCCACCUGGAGACGGUGGUUUUGGGCCUAUUGAAGACACCUGCCCAGUAUGAUGCUUCGGAGCUAAAAGCCUCUAUGAAGGGCCUGGGGACUGAUGAGGACUCCCUCAUCGAGAUCAUCUGCUCAAGAACCAACCAGGAGCUGCAAGAGAUUAACAGAGUGUACAAGGAAAUGUACAAGACCGAUCUGGAGAAGGACAUCAUCUCUGACACAUCUGGAGACUUCCGAAAGCUGAUGGUCGCUCUCGCAAAGGGUAGACGAGCAGAGGAUGGUUCAGUUAUCGACUAUGAGCUGAUUGACCAGGAUGCCCGGGAGCUCUAUGAUGCUGGGGUGAAGAGGAAAGGAACUGAUGUCCCCAAGUGGAUCAGCAUCAUGACUGAGCGCAGUGUGUGCCACCUCCAGAAAGUGUUUGAAAGGUACAAGAGCUACAGCCCUUACGACAUGCUGGAGAGCAUCAAGAAAGAGGUCAAAGGGGACCUGGAGAACGCCUUCCUGAACCUGGUCCAGUGCAUACAGAACAAGCCCCUUUACUUUGCUGACCGGCUGUAUGACUCCAUGAAGGGCAAAGGGACUCGAGACAAGGUCCUGAUUAGAAUCAUGGUCUCUCGCAGUGAAGUGGACAUGCUGAAAAUCAGAUCUGAAUUCAAGAGGAAAUAUGGCAAGUCCCUGUACUACUACAUCCAGGUAAAGCCUGAAGCAUGCACCAAGCCUGCCAGGCAUGGUAGAAUAGAUGCUGGGCAUCAAGAAUCAGGGAUUUAUAUUGAAAGCAACCUAUAUGAUUUUCGAAGACUCGUAGGUUCAAAGCAGGAUUAUACAUUUCCCACAAGUGUCACUCUGCAGUGGUCAUUGCUGUUUAUAGUGACGAUCGUGCAAGACUUGGUGACAAUCGGAGAGACUUUGAAGGCCAAAGGCAUUUUGUAUCUAUGA